UUCAACGGGAACCCAAAAAUCAGAAUCCUCAGAUCGAAGAGCUAAAACAAACAAAGAAACUCAGAUUUGGAUUCGUUGAAAUGUAUUGUUCUCAACAACCUUACUUCCUCACUUGAAUAGUUUGAAUUGCUUCCUCCACAACAAUGUCAAGCGACCAGCGAGAAGCUCAGCAAGAUACGACUACGACCACGGACGGUAACGAACCCACGACGAUGACAGCUACAGAAGCUACGACGUUUUCUUCCCAGAGACUGAGGAUAAACCCUAACAACGAGCAUAGGCCUGAGAGUUACGAGGAUCUGAAGCUCGAUUUCCCCAGUGCUGUCUACUCUAGUCUCGAGAAGUACUUGCCUCCCCACAUCUUGGUCUCCAACAGAGACGAGAAAGUCAAAUUCAUGACUGACAUUAUGCUCAGGCACCUCCCUCAUGGAGAGCGUUCACGAGCUCAGAGGCACAGCGUCUAUAGGCAGAAGAUAAUAACUAAUUAUCAGCCACUUCAUAAGGAGUUGUAUACUCUAGUUCCCAAACUAUGCUUCGUCCCUUCUUUCAUAAAGGCGAUUGAUGAAAGCUCAGAGAAAAGCUUCAGAAACAUCAUAUCUGAACCAUCUCCUGGCGUUUUUGUCUUUGACAUGCUCCUACCUAGCUUUUGUCAGAUGAUGCUAGCCGAGAUACAAAAUUUUGAAAAGUGGGUGGGUGAGACAAAGUUCCGGAUCAUGAGACCUAACACCAUGAAUAAAUACGGUGCUGUGCUUGAUGACUUUGGAUUGGAUAGCAUGCUUGACAAACUCAUGGAGUCUUUUAUACGUCCCAUUACAAAAGUAUUCUUUAGUGAUGUAGGUGGAGCAACUCUGGACUCUCACCAUGGUUUUGUUGUUGAAUAUGGUAAAGAUAGGGAUCUUGAUUUAGGCUUUCAUGUGGACGAUUCAGAGGUAACACUGAAUGUUUGUUUGGGUAACCAGUUUGUGGGAGGGGAGUUGUUUUUUCGAGGCACUCGGUGUGAGAGACAUGUUAACACAACAACAAAGCCAGAUGAAAUAUUUGACUAUCCUCAUGUACCGGGGCAAGCUGUACUUCACCGUGGGCGAAACCGCCAUGGUGCCAGAGCUACAACAUCUGGACAUCGGGUCAAUAUGCUUCUAUGGUGCAGAAGUUCUGUGUUUAGAGAGCUCAAAAGUCAUCAGAAGGAAUUCUCCAGCUGGUGUGGAGAGUGCUUUUGUGAAAAGAAAGAGGAGAAAGGAAGGGCGCUUGAUGCUUUAAGAAAGAAACUGGUUAAAGCAGUGCGUGCACCCCAAGAUUGAAGUAACUGGUAUUGGAUUACUCUUAAAGAAUUGCUUCUGUUUUAAGGUGACUUAAAACUGUUGCCUGUGUAGAAAAUCAUUUGAUGAGAUGAUCAGUUCUCUGUUUAACUUUUUCUCAAUUAUUUGUAAUGUACAUGAAAUCUAGUCUCAAGUUCACCUAUACCACGAGGAGUUGUAUUGUUAUCUGAUAUUGUUGUGAGUGUAAGGAAGAAUCAGUGUUGUCUAAGCUGCUCUCUCUAAGCUCCAUAUAUGAGUUAACUUCGUUAGUAGUGAGUGUGCCCUUUACAGUUGUUGGCUAGAGCCACACACCAUGGAUUGUGGCUCUUCUUACUUUUGUAGUCUCUAUUGAAUGGAAAGAAGUAUUAGGGCUACUUUGCA